AAAACCUUUUUAAACAGUCUUUCCACUUUCCAAACUCCCUCCAUAUUUCCCCAAAAAAACUCAUCUCCUAAAACCCCCCAAACCCUUUGCCUCUCUCUCUAAAAAAAUCUUUCAUUCAUGGCUCUCAUUCAAACCCAUUUCCCACUCCUCUUCGUCCUCCUCAUCCUCUCUCUCCUCCCCCUCUCUCCCUCCUCCCCGGCCACCAUCCACGACCUGCUCCGAUCCAGCGGCCUCCCGGCCGGCCUCUUCCCGAAAGCCGUCAAAUCUUUCUCUCUCUCCCAAACAGGGCUCCUCGAGGUACAGCUCGACGGGCCCUGUUUGACGAAAUUCGACACCAUGGCGUUUUACGAAAGCGUCAUCAGGGCUAAUCUGACUUACCGGAGUCUCUCUGCAGUUGAAGGGCUGUCUCAAGAAGAGCUUUUUCUUUGGCUGCCUGUUAAGGAUAUCUCAGUCAAUGAUCCGAAAUCUGGGCUUAUACUUUUUGAUAUUGGGCUUGCUCAGAAGCAGCUUUCUUUGUCGCUUUUUGAAGAUCCGCCUGACUGCAAACCCGAUCAAGGUGUAUUGAUGAAGAGAGGUGGGAAGGGGAAAGGUUUCGGAGCUCAAAGAUAGAAGAAGAACAAGAAGAAGAUGCCAAUUAAUCUUCAUCUUUUUUUUUUUUUUUUAAAACUUUUUUGUCUUUUUACUAAUAAAUACUACUAGGUAAUUAGGUGUUGUUUUGUUUCUUACUAGUAUUAAUUAAGUGUUAUUAGGUGUUGGUAGAGUUGUAAAGAUGUUGGAAUCUAAGUCCUAAUCACACAUAAGAAGUGGUAAUGUUCUAACCUAA